AACAAAAGAAUCCCCAUUUUUAGCUACCCUUUUCUGAAAUUGGGUAAAGAGUGUGUGUUUCUGUUUACAGUUUUGAGAUAACAUAAAGAAGAUAAAACCCAUGAAAGAGCACCACUGAGUCACUCAUGGAAAUGGGUUCGAGUUCUCUGUCUGACUCAGGUGGUUCUUCCAUUGAUUCACUCAACAACAACGCCUUGAAGUUGGGUCGAAAUAUCUACUUCAAUGAUUCCUCCGCCGCUGUCAACGAUGGUCCUGCUACUAUGAAGACUCAAUCACCACCGUCACAGCGACCUCUGGGUUGUAAGAAACCUAGGGCUGGUGGGAUGAUUCACGGUGGUCAACCACCGAGGUGUCAAGUAGAAGGGUGUGAAGUGGAUCUGAGUGAUGUUAAGGCUUAUUAUGCAAGGCAUAAAGUUUGUGUUACUCAUUCAAAAUCACCUAAAGCCAUUGUUGCUGGUAUUGAACAAAGGUUUUGUCAGCAGUGUAGCAGGUUUCACCAGCUUCCUGAAUUUGACAAAGUGAAACGGAGUUGCCGUAGACGGCUAGCUGGUCACAACGAGCGUCGCAGAAAACCAUCGCCUGGAUCAUUAUUUCCCCCUCAUUUCGGCAGGCUAUCUUCAUCUGUUAUCGAAAGCAAUGGUCGAGGUAGAAGCUUUAUCUUGGAUUUCACGGCUUAUUCAAGGGUUUCCGGAAAAGAUGCAUGCCCAACAAUGAGAUCGUUGGACCGCAUACCUGGAAAUCAAAACACAGCUCCGGGAAAGUCACUUCAACAUCAUCAUCCGUGGCCAAACAACUCGGAGAAUCCUUCUUCGGGUGAUAUUUUCCUUCAAGGUUCACUAGGAGGGACCGGUUUUUCCAGUACCACAACUUCUCAAGGAGAAUGGUUCACGGGAGUUAGUGACUCUAGCUGUGCUCUCUCUCUUCUGUCAAAUCAACCAUGGGGCUCCAAAAACCGAGCUUCGGCUCUUGGUGUUAACGACAUGAUGAACACCGAACCAAUGCCCCAUGGCACAUUCGUAAACCCGUAUUUGCAAACCUCGGAGCCUGCUGAUGCUCAACAUUUCGGCAGGCUUGAGUUGCCUCAGCAAAACAGCGUGCAACACAUGGAACUUGAGCAGCACUCCAGAUCAUUUGACACAUCGGCACAGUAUGUUCACUGGUCACUCUAAGUUCGUCCCGUUUCUCUUUCCCAUCUUGUUGUCCUGUUUUCGUGCCAGUUCUUAUGUUGUAUUCGUACUUUUCCGAGCAUCAGAUUUUAUGUUUUAACGGAAUAAACCCGAACUAUCCCCUGUAUUUGCCAUUGUUGUUGCCUGAAUCAUUAAGUCAGGCAUUACUAGACGAUGUUUUGGUAUUUAUCUAUGAUCAAUGUUAUUCCUUGGACUAUUAUAAAAAAUGUUAUUACUUGGACAUAGAGGUAUCAUCGGGUUGGCUCGAUUUUAAAGAAAAAUGUAUAAUUAUAAAUUUAAUCA